CCUUCCCACAAACACCUCCUUCCACCAGACCAAUCAAUCAAUAUGCCUCGCAACGGAGACGGAUCAUCUGACAACGGCCCCAUCGAGGGCCACGACAUUGUCCACGGUAACUCUGGCGACACCACGCUCCAGCACACCAAGAACAAUGUAGCCCCUAUGCCAGAGAUCGAGAAGGGCGAAGCUCUCGAAGGCCUCAACGCCAGCGGCGCGGGUGCCGCACCCAAGGCAUCCGACCAGGGCAGCGACAGCAAGGCUAGCAAAUAGCGCUCCGGAUAGC